AUGGUCCUCGACUUCAACGGCGGCACCAGCAGCUGCUGCCCCCUCCUCUCCGGCGGCCCGCUGCGCUCCUACGUGCCCGAGGAUCCCCGGCAGCUGGGCGGCGGCGGCGGCGGCGGCGUGAGGAUGAUCUCUGGCUCCCUGAAUACGCCCCGCUUAGGGAUAGGCGGGAAGCUCUUGCAAGGGGUCACCGCCAGCCCCGGGGGCGGCGGCGGCGGCGGCGGGAGCAGCAGCCCCGGCAGCCCCAGCGCGAUCAGCCCGGGCUUCGGCGCUGCCGGCCACGCAGGCAACGACACGCCGUGCGGGGAGCAGAUCCUGAGCUACGGCAACGUGGAGAAAGUGGUGAUCGGCGCCGUCCUGUCGCUCAUCACCUUGCUGACGAUCGCCGGCAACUGCCUGGUGGUGAUCUCCGUCUGCUUCGUCAAGAAGCUGCGGCAGCCCUCCAACUAUCUCAUCGUGUCGCUGGCCGUGGCCGACCUGUCGGUGGCCGUGGCCGUCAUGCCCUUCGUCAGCGUCACCGACCUCAUCGGCGGCGAGUGGAUCUUCGGCGGCGUCUUCUGCAACGUCUUCAUCGCCAUGGACGUGAUGUGCUGCACCGCCUCCAUCAUGACCCUCUGCGUGAUCAGCAUCGACAGGUAUCUUGGAAUAACUAGGCCUCUCACCUAUCCUGUAAGGCAAAAUGGAAAGUGUAUGGCUAAAAUGAUCCUUUCUGUGUGGCUACUGUCUGCAUCAAUUACUUUGCCACCUCUCUUUGGGUGGGCUCAAAAUAUUAAUGAUGACAAAGUUUGCUUAAUCAGCCAGGACUUUGGUUACACCAUUUAUUCUACUGCAGUUGCAUUUUAUAUCCCUAUGUCAGUGAUGCUUUUUAUGUAUUAUCAAAUCUACAAGGCUGCCAAGAAGAGUGCGGCCAAACACAAAUUUGCUGGCUUUCCACGGCCUGAAGAAAAUGAAGGCAUAGUUUCUGCAAAUGGCAUUGUGAAACUGCACAAGGAAUCGGAUGAGUGCACAAAUUUUUCACGGCUGCUGAAGCAUGAACGGAAGAACAUUUCCAUCUUCAAAAGAGAGCAGAAAGCGGCCACCACGCUUGGGAUUAUUGUUGGAGCCUUUACUGUGUGCUGGCUGCCCUUUUUCAUACUUUCCACUGCUAGACCAUUUAUCUGUGGAACAUCUUGCAGUUGCAUUCCAUUGUGGGUUGAGAGGACAUUUCUGUGGCUGGGUUAUGCAAACUCUCUGAUUAACCCAUUUAUAUAUGCCUUCUUCAACCGGGAUCUGAGGACAACCUACCGCAAUCUACUGCAGUGCAGAUAUAGGAAUAUCAACCGUAAGCUAUCUGCUGCAGGCAUGCAUGAGGCUCUGAAGCUUGCCGAAAAGCCAGAAUUUGUUCUGUAA